CGCGGCGAGAGCCUGCCCUGUCGAUCCCGGCGAUUGCCAGUGACGGGAGGUCAUCCUCAGCGACUCAGCAUGGUCGCCGUGGAGAGGAAGAAGAAGGACUUCUACUGGACGGAUGGCGGCGAGCCGCACGCCAUCCGGCGCAAGGCCAUCCUGGCCAAGUACCCGCAGAUCAAGGAGCUGUACGGGUCGGACUUGCACAUGCCGCUGAUGGUGACGGUCGAGGUGCUGAUCCAGGCGGCGAUGCUGUUCUACGUGCGCCACCUGACCUGGCCGUGGCUGGUGCUCGUGACGUAUGUGGUGAGUGGAACCAUCAACCACUCGCUGUUGCUGGCCAUCCACGAGCUGGCGCACAACCUCGCCUUCGGCCACAACCACGCCACGGCCAACAAGGUGUUCAGCAUCUUCGCCAACCUGCCGAUGGGCCUGCCGUUGGCCGUGUCCUACAAGAAGUACCACAUGGAACAUCACCGGUACCAGGGCACCGACGGUCUGGACGUGGACCUGCCGACGCCGAUCGAGGCUCGCCUCUUCAGCUCCACCCUCGGCAAGAUCGUUUGGCUGAUGAUCCUGCCCAUCACCUACUUCCUGCGGCCCGUCUUCAUCCGGCCCAAGCCGUUCUCGGUGCUGGAGAUCGCUAACAUCGUGGUUCAGCUGUCGGCGGACGCGCUCGUCUACCACUUCCUCGGCGGCAAGGCGCUCUUCUACCUGCUGGGCGGCUUCAUGAUGGGACUCGGCCUGCACCCCAUGUCGGGACACCUCAUCUCGGAGCACUACAUCUUCAACCGUGGUAACGAGACCUACUCCUACUACGGCUGGAUGAACAUGCUGACGUUCAACGAGGGCUACCACAACGAGCACCACGACUUCCCGGCCGUGCCCGGCUCGCGCCUGCCGAUGGUCUCCAAGAUCGCGCCCGAGUUCUACAAGGACCUGCCCACGCACGAUUCUUGGGUCGGCACGCUCGUCAACUUCGUCCUCCGCGAUGACGUGAGCCCGUACUCGCGCAUCAAGCGGGAGAAGAAGGCCAACCAGGGUCGCGUCGACCUUUACAACUGAAGAAGUUGUAGGAGUUUUUUAGGAGUCGCGCAAUCCAUUCGACCGGAUCGAAACGCGGUGAAGACGUGGGAAGAUGGCGGCCUUCUGUGCGUCGUAAACAUGUUUUGCCUGAGGGACGUAAGCAAUAAACAACGAAUAUUACUGA